ACGCACGGUCCGGAGCUGCGGCGGCGGCUCCACAACACCAACCUUUUAUUUAGGAAGAAGUUUAGACAAAUAUUGAGGAAUAAGUGCAAAAUUUAAAAAGGAUGGAUGCUUCACGACUGUUGUUUUCAGUCCUACUCCUCAGAUACUUGUUAAAAGUUGUAUCUCUCCAGAUGUGUGAUGUGGUCAACGAGAUCGAGCUGGAGAAAGAGCGCUGUGAGAAUAGCACCUCUCAGAACGUCACUUCAGGUUGCCAGGGCAUGUGGGAUAUCAUCGCCUGUUGGCCCUCAGCCAGAGUUGGGGAGGUCGUUACAAUAACCUGCCCCACAUACUUCAGUUACUUCAGCGACCAGCACAAAGGUAACCUCUCCAAAACCUGCACGGCAGAUGGCUGGACUGAAAUGCAUCCUAUUGACAUCGCAAUGAACUGUGGAUACAAUCUGAACAGCACCAAUGAUGAUGGAAAGUUUUUUUGGCAAGUGAAGAUUGGCUACACCAUCGGCCACAGUGUUUCCCUCAUCUCUCUGACCACGGCUAUUGUGAUCCUCUGCAUCUUCAGGAAGCUCCACUGCACAAGGAACUACAUCCACAUGCAUCUAUUCGUGUCGUUUAUCCUGAAGGCGAUCGCUGUGUUCAUCAAGGACGUGGUUCUCUACGAGGUCGGGGAGGUGGACAACUGCUCCUCAGGCUCCGUUGGCUGCAAAGCGGUAAUUGUGUUCUUCCAGUACUGUAUAAUGGCCAGUUUCUUCUGGCUGCUGGUCGAAGGACUCUAUCUUCAUGCAUUGUUGGCUGUCUCUUUCUUCUCUGAGAGGAAGUACUUCUGGGCUUACAUCCUGAUUGGCUGGGGAGGUCCAACUAUUUUCAUCACAGCCUGGAGCAUCGCAAAAGCCUAUUAUAAUGACGUUGGGUGUUGGGAUAUUAUAGAAAACACUGAUGUGUUCUGGUGGAUCAUUAAAACUCCUAUUUUGGCAUCAAUCCUGAUGAACUUUAUUCUAUUCAUCUGCAUCAUUCGAAUACUGCGCCAGAAGAUCAACUGCCCAGAUAUUGGAAGAAAUGAAUCCAACCAGUAUUCGAGGCUGGCGAAAUCGACACUGCUAUUGAUUCCUCUUUUUGGAAUCAAUUUCAUCGUUUUUGCGUUUAUCCCAGAGCAAGUGAAGACGGAGCUACGACUCGUAUUUGACUUGAUUCUGGGUUCCUUUCAGGGCUUUGUUGUAGCUGUCCUUUACUGCUUCCUCAAUGGAGAGGUCCAAGGAGAGAUCAAGAGGAAGUGGCGGAGGUGGCACCUGCAGCGAUACAUGGGCUCUGACACCAAAUACCAGCACCCGUCGAUUGGUAGCAGCAACAACUUUAGCACCCAGAUCACAAUGUUGACACGAUGCAGCCCGAAAACACGCAGGGGUUCGUCGUCCUGUCACGAAGACUUGUCCUGCAUAUGACUCACACUUUAAGUGAUACAGACUUACGUGCCACAUGGAUUACUCUCAUGCCAAACAUUAGGCAAAAAGACACAGCUCUGUGUUAGCUUAAAAGAGAGCACAUGCACGCUUGAAACAUGUGUUGCUUAAGUAUGAAGUGGUCAAAGCAGAGUGAUAAAAACAGAGAAGGUAU